GUACACUGCAACGUAUCACUGGACCCAGGCAGGUAUAUUCAUCCAUGCAGCACUUUCCAAUUCUCAGUCAAAGCUGAACGUUCACGGCAGCAACCUGUUUUGAAAUAGUGUCCGCGCAAGCGUAGUUCUUCUUCAAUCAAGAAGUCUCACUCUCUCGCGAUCCCCAUCAUCGUCUUCAUCAUCGUUUGAUUGUGUUUUCAUUAUCACGGUCAAGCUCGGACGCGACGCUUGCUUGUUUGUUUGUUUCGAUCGGUGAGCGUUGUUGAAUAAUGGCACCGCUUCGAUGGGGAAUUGUUAGCGCCGGUAAAAUUUCGCACGAUUUCGCAACGGCAGUGGCCACUUGGCCCAAGGAAGACCACAAAGUGGUGGCCGUGGGGGCGAGAAAGCUACAGGACGCGAAGAAGUUUGCGAAAGUGCACGACAUUCCAAAGACCUACGAGGGUUACACGGAGAUGGCGAAAGAUCCGGAAAUCGAUGUGGUUUACAUUGGUUCCGUUAAUCCAACGCAUUACGACAUCGGGAUAAUGAUGCUGAACCGUGGCAAACAUGUUCUAUGUGAAAAGCCCCUCUGCAUGAACGAAGGCCAGGCGAAGCGGCUGAUCGCCCAUGCUGAGCAAAAGAAACUGUUUCUAAUGGAGGCCAUUUGGUCGAGGUUCUUCCCUUCUUACAUCCACUUGAAGAAACAGCUCGACGCUGGUGUUCUGGGUGAUGUCAAAGAGGUCAACGUGACGUUUGGGUUUUAUCUGUCCGAUGUGGAUCGACUACGAAUGAAGGGGCUUGGCGGUGGAACAAUUCUCGAUUUGGGAGUCUAUACGAUUCAAGUUAGUUUGUGGGCUUUCCGUGAUGCUCCGGUAAAGAUUGUUGCCAAAGGUCAACUAAACGAGGAAGGUGUUGACAUGGAGGUGGAGGCCGAGUUGCACUUUCCAAAUGGAGGAAUUGCGAAGAUGAAAACGAGUGCUUUGCGAAAAUUGGAGAAUGAUGCGGUCAUUAAAGGAACGAAGGGUAACAUAACUCUGCACGAUUUCUGGUGUCCGGUUUCGCUGACCGACGUUGAUGGAUCGGUGAAGAAGUACCCGUUGCCGAAGGCACCUCACACCUUCAUCUUCCAGAACAGCUGCGGGCUGCGGUACGAGUCGGAGGAAGUUCGUCAUUGCAUCAGCGAAGGGCGGUUGCAAUCGGCUUCGGUGCCGCACAGCGAGAGUCUGCUGAUAGCUCGCAUCCAAGACGAGAUAAGAAAACAGAUCGGUGUUCAGUUUCCAGAGGAUGAAAAAUUCAAAGUCUAAAACGAUAUUGUUGGCUUUAAAGAAGAAAAAAAAAUGGUUCCGAUAUUUGAGAUUGAUUUAUUUUCCGAAUAUUUGUUUAUAUUAAUAUUUAAAGAGAAAUGCUAAGAAAAAUAUAUACUAAUUUAUAUCUAAUUGGAAA